CAAAUCGUUUUUAGAAGAUGGCUUUUAAAAAAACGGAAGUGCUGCAAGUGCCAAUGGACAGUAAUUCACCAGAAGUUUUAAAUGCUUCUUCCAUGGAUGAAAUGUUGCUGGGCACUUGCAUUGAUAAAGCUCUCGCUAGCUACUCCAAACACCAGUGGGACAGUUUUGUGGGGAUUCUAGAGACUGGCAUCAAAAAAUGCCAAACGCUGUACGCGGGCUAUAAAGACGACCUGACCAGGGCUUAUAUUCUGCUCGCAGCCCACUUCACCAGGCAGGCCAACAAGGAGUUGGGCAACCGGCGAACGGUCUUGCAGGCCAAGGUAACGAAUAUUCUCAGCAUGCUAGAUGGGAUGCAGCGACCUAACGAUCGCAGCCUCCAAGUGGUUAAGGGAUUCGCCCUGAUGUUAUCCGCUGGCAGAGCCCAAGACGCCGAUGCGCAGUUUGUUUCCGUAAUCAGAGAAAAAUCGGACAACAUUAUGGCCCUGGCUGGACGCGCUUGUUUGGCCUUCAACCGUCAGGACUACAUUCCGUCGCUGGGUUUCUUUAAAAGUAUCUUAAUGGCCCAGCCCCGAGGACCAGCGGACGUCCGCGUCGGUAUAGGGCACUGUUUCCGCAACAUGGGUGAACUGGAUAAAGCCCGUCGAUCGUUCGAACUGGCUCUGGUACACAAUAGCCGAUGUCAGAGUGCUCUGGUCGGCAUGGCCCUACUAAAACUCAACCAGCUCGAGAAGGAGUCCACUCAAGAGGGCAUAAAUCUGUUGUGUGCGACCUUCGAAAUGAACAACCGCCAAGCGGUGGUUAUGAGUAUCCUCGCCACGCAUUUCUAUUAUGUCAGGGACUACGAAAAGGUCUUGGUUCUGGCCGGAAAUGCCUACAAGCGCACCGACAUUCCGCAGUUGCAGUCGCAGAACUGCUUCCAGAUUGCCAGGACUUUCCAUGCCACCAAGCAGUUCGAUCAGGCCAUGGAGUUCUACCAACUGUCCGUGAGACUAGCACCUGAGGGAUAUGUGCUGCCCCGCAUGGGUCUGGCCCAAAUGCUUUUAAGGGACGGGAAAAUCGAUAAGGCCAAGAUCAACUUGGAAAUAUUCGUCGAAUUCCAGCCCAAUGAGAACAGGGCAAUGCUGCUGCUGGCCAAAAUCUAUCUGCAGGAAACAACUCCAGGACAAAUCGAUAAAGCCCUUAAUAUGCUGUUCAAGGUGGUGAAGUCGGGCUCCGCUCGCCAUGAUAUAGACAGCAGACUGACUCUGGCAUUUGCAUGUGAGCAAAUGCAGCUCUGGGAGCAGGCCAGCACUGCCUACAGUCAGGCUAUACAGAUUAGCACCGAGUUGGGACAAGCAAUCCAGAUCGAGUGGCUCAAUAACCUGGCAGCCACUCAGAUGCAGGCCAAAAUGCCACAGGUUGCUCUCAACACCCUCGACAAGGCCAUUUUCCAGUGUGGCAUCAAGGGUGGGGAUCACAUGGUCACCAAUUUGCUCACCAUGCGAUUCAACCGUGCCCGGAUUCUGGAAGAACUACACAAGUAUGACCUGGCCGAGACUGCCUACAAGAACAUAAUCAAUGACUAUCCAAGCUAUUACGACUGCUAUUUGAGACUAGGUGUGAUGGCGAUGCAGCAGAAUAAACUGACCGUAGCUAGCGAAUACUUUAAGGAUGUCCUUAACGCGGACAACGAUAGUCUUGCAGCCAGGAUUUUUAUGGCAGACUGCUAUAUGAAGUUGAAUCUUAGCAAACAUGCUAUAGUAAAUUACAAUUCGAUUUUGCGCAACUGCACGCAAGUCAAGGAUACCUACGCCAUGGUGGCUCUGGGAAAUUUUUGUCUUAAAAUGAUUCACAGUGCCUUGACUAGAGGAGAUUUGUCCUCAGCCAAGAGACAGCAGAAAAGAGCCUUAAGUUAUUACGGGAAGGUUCUUAAUCGCAGUCCGCGGAACUUGUGGGCAGCCAAUGGCAUUGGGGCCGCCCUAAGUAGUUGCAAUAACCUGUCCGAAGGUGGGGCUAUCUUCAGGCAUAUCAUCGAGGCUGGGAAUGAGUGUCCCCCCGCUAUCCUAAACUCAGCUCACAUUGCUUUGGAACUUGGUCAAUUCAAGCUAGCCAGUCAGACUUACAAGCAAUGCCUGCAGGACUGUCUGCCGGAAAACUGUGUGGAGGUAAUGCACUAUCUAGCCAGAGCCCUAUAUGGCGAGGGAAAAGCCCGCGAGGCUAAGAUGUGGUUACUCAAAGCCCGACACUUGGCCCCACACGAUCCUUCUUUAAUGUUUAAUCUGGCACUGAUCAUCAAAAAGGAUGCAGACCAAGUCUUUAUCCUUCCCCGACCCGGAUCGAAUGAUCUCAAGAGGGCGGAACUCGAGCUCAAAGUAGCCCAUAAGUAUUUUUACCAUCUAUACCAAAACGCAACGGCCAUUUCGGUGAGCGCUUGUGCCAAAGGGUGGCAAGAUUGCGAGGAUCUUUUAGCUGAUUUACCCGAAGAGCUCCAGCGUGUGGGUAACUUAGAGUUGUCCAAUGUGGACCGCAUUCGUCUGCAGGAGCAGCGUUUCCUGGCCCACCAGCAGCAACUAGAGGAGCAGCGUAUUCAGCGGCAGGAGGAGGAGCGCGUUCUCCGAGAGAAUCAGAUAGCCAAGCGCAAAGAAAUCCUAGAACGAACCAAACAAAUUAUGAAAGCCCCUCUACAGUCUGAACUGGCCAAAAAGGAGUCGACGAUGGGCAAAGGACGUGGCCAGAAAAAUCGGAAGAAUGUGGAUGCAGACGGGGAGCAAAACUCUGACGAUCAGUUCAAAAAGAAAACUGCCCAGAAAUCCCGAAAGAGAACUACGAUCAAAGAAAAUAAGUCGGCCAAGAAGUGCAAGACAAAGGAGUUUAUAGACACAGACGAUGACGACAGUGAAGUGGAAGCUGGCCAAAUUGUGAAUUUGGAAAGCGGUAGAACUCUGGAGCAGAAUCUUCAAUCAGAUUCUGAGAUGGAAUUAAAUGAUGAUGGGGAACCCGAGGAGAUCGAAAAUAUACAAGACCGCCUAAGGGAACACAGCGAAAUGGAAAAUUUCACAAACGCCCAAGAAAAUGGUAGUCCCACUUACAGCGAAUUUGAAUGAAUGGAGAAUUUGGAGAAGAAAGUUCAGGCCAGUGCCAAAUAAAUCUAGACAAAGGAAUUAAAUAUCAACAGAGUGUGGCUAUCUUUAAGAACAUUUUUAAGGGAAUCCAUAUUCUAUCCAUAUUUUAUCACAUAUAAUACAAAGCACAUUAAAACAAUAAAACACUCAUCACGCA